AGAGAGGGGGAGAGCUUGGAGCGUGUCACCAGCGGGGAUCAGGGGUGAGUUGUCUGUUGGAGCGGGCAAGGCAAAGUAACUGCACAAGGAAGCCAGAACAGACAUCGCUGAACGCAACGGUGGAACUAGGGACAUGGCGGACUUAAACCAGCAGUGCCUGCACCUUCAAAGUGAGAAUGAAAGAGUUCCUAUUGAUCUGCAAACAGUUCUUCCUAAUCCAUUUUCAAAGCAGGAAGUGUCACCUACAAAGAAUUUGCCAAAUGACAGCCCAUCUAAGUCUCCCCGUUUUAUUAAGAUAAAGAACUGGGAAACUGGCACCAUUUUAAGUGAUACAUUGCACCUAAACUCAAGAGUGGCAACUGGGUGCAGAGAGCAGAUAUGCACGGGAUCAAUUAUGAUGCCAAGUCAACACGUAAGGAAACCAAGUGAAGCCCAAACUAAAGAGAAGCUUAUUCCACUGGCAGCAGACUUUUUCAACCAAUACUACACAUCCAUCAAAAGGCAUGGAUCUAAGGCUCACAUUGAAAGGAUGGAAAAGGUGAUGAAGGAGAUCGAAACAACUGGCACUUACCAACUUAAAGACACUGAGUUAAUUUAUGGAGCCAAGCAUGCCUGGAGGAAUGCUACCCGCUGCAUUGGGAGGAUCCAGUGGUCCAAGUUGCAGGUUUUCGAUGCACGUGACUGCUCCACUUCUCACGGCAUGUUCAACUAUAUAUGCAAUCACAUCAAGUACGCCACCAACAAGGGAAAUCUCAGAUCAGCAAUUACAAUAUUCCCACAGAGGGUAGAUGGAAAAUGUGAUUUCAGAAUCUGGAACAGCCAACUGAUAAGAUAUGCUGGGUACAAACAAGCUGAUGGCUCCAUCAUUGGUGACCCUGCUUCGGUGGAGUUAACUGAGAUUUGUAUCCAACAAGGUUGGAAGGCGCCUCUGGGCCGCUUUGAUAUCCUCCCUCUUUUGCUUCAAGCCAGUGGAAAUGACCCUGAACUGUUCGAGAUUCCUCCUGAGCUAAUCUUGGAAGUACCUAUCAGACACCCCAAGUUUCAAUGGUUUGAAGAUUUGAAACUGAAGUGGUAUGCCUUGCCAGCGGUUUCAAACAUGCUCCUGGAUAUAGGAGGCCUUGAGUUUACAGCUUGCCCCUUCAACGGUUGGUAUAUGGGGACAGAGAUUGGAGUCCGAGACUUCUGUGACGUUGCUCGCUACUAUGUGCUAGAGGAAGUAGCAAAGCGAAUGGGACUUAACACUGGAAAUGUAUCGUCUCUUUGGAAAGACCAAGCAUUAGUCGAAAUAAAUAUUGCUGUCCUACACAGUUUUCAGUCUGACAAAGUGACAAUUGUGGACCAUCAUUCUGCAACGGAAUCAUUCAUGAAACACAUGGAAAAUGAAUACAGAUGCCGAGGAGGGUGUCCUGCAGAUUGGGUGUGGAUAGUCCCCCCAAUGUCAGGAAGCAUUACACCUGUCUUCCAUCAAGAGAUGCUGAACUAUCACCUGAGCCCAUCAUUUGAGUAUCAGUUAGACCCUUGGUUCACUCAUGUGUGGAAAGCAGCCAAUGGAACUCCCACCAAAAAGAGAGCUAUUGGAUUCAAGAAGCUAGCAAAGGCUGUGAAGUUCUCCACCAAGCUGAUGGGACAAGCAAUGGCCAAACGAGUAAAAGCCACCAUCUUAUAUGCUACCGAAACUGGGAAGUCCCAAGUCUAUGCAAAAACAUUAUGUGAAAUUUUCAAACAUGCAUUUGAUGCAAAGGUCAUAUCCAUGGAUGACUAUGAUAUUGUUCACCUGGAACACGAGGCGCUGGUACUGGUGGUCACAAGCACUUUUGGCAAUGGCGACCCACCUGAGAAUGGAGAAAAAUUUAGUUCUGCACUGAUGGAAAUGAGACACUCUAACUCAAAAUCAGCAGAAGGACAGAGUUAUAAAGUUCGUUUCAACAGCGUAUCUUCAGUGUCAGAUGCUCGGAAAUCUUCAAGUGAUGAAGCAGAAAACAGAGACAACUUUGAGAGUACUGGCCAAUUGGCCAAUGUUAGGUUUUCUGUCUUUGGUCUCGGCUCUCGAGUUUAUCCCCAUUUCUGUGCUUUUGCUCGAGCUGUCGACACCUUACUUGAGGAACUUGGAGGAGAGCGAAUUAUGAGGAUGGGUGAGGGAGAUGAACUCUGUGGACAAGAGGAGUCGUUCAGGACAUGGGCUAAGAGAGUCUUCAAGGCAGCGUGUGAUGUAUUCUGCGUGGGGGAUGACAUCAAUAUUGAAAAAGCCAACGACUCCUUAAUCAGUAAUGAUCGCAGCUGGAAGAGGGCAAAGUUUCGUCUGACUUACCAAGUCACCGCAUCUGACCUCACACAAGCUCUCUAUAGCAUUCACAAAAAGAAAGUUUCGGCUGCAAGACUGUUAUCCCGACGCAACUUGCAAAAUCCUAAAUCCAGCCGUUCCACAAUACUACUACAGAUACACACAGACAAGCUGGCAGAAUUAAACUACCAGCCUGGUGACCAUCUUGGAGUUUUUCCUGGCAACCAUGAGGAUCUGGUCAACGCCUUGAUUGACCGAUUAGAAGAUGCACCUCCUGCAAAUCAGGUCAUAAAGGUUGAGUUUUUGGAGGAGAAAACUACAGCUUUAGGUGUUAUUAGUAACUGGUGUGAUGAUACGCGCAUUCCACCUUCCACCAUCUUCGAGGUCUUUAAGUAUUAUCUGGAUAUCACAACUCCCCCAACCCCGCUCCUCCUGCAGCAGUUUGCUCUCCUGGCAAAAGAUGACCAGCAGAAGAAACGGCUUGAAGUUCUCAGUAAAGGCUUGCAGGAUUAUGAGGAGUGGAAGUGGUACAAUAACCCAACCAUAGUGGAGGUGCUGGAGGAGUUUUCUUCAGUGCAAGUCCCAGCCACGUUGCUACUUACCCAACUUCCCCUGCUACAGCCUCGAUAUUACUCGAUCAGCUCAUCCCCUGACAUGUAUCCAGAUGAGAUCCACCUCACCGUGGCCGUGGUUUCAUAUCGCACAAGAGAUGGUGAAGGAACAUUACACCAUGGGGUCUGCUCCUCCUGGCUGAACCGGAUAGACCAGGAUGAAAUGGUGCCAUGCUUUGUCAGAGGCGCGCCAUCUUUCAGGUUACCAGAAGAUCUGUCGGUUCCUUGCAUCUUAAUUGGACCAGGAACUGGAAUUGCUCCCUUCAGAAGCUUCUGGCAGCAGCGCUUGUAUGAUGCUGAAUACAAAGGAGUGAGGGCAUGUCCCAUGACACUUGUGUUUGGCUGCCGACAGUCAAAGAUUGACCACAUCUAUCGAGAGGAGACUAUUCAUGUAAAAAACAAAGGUGUAUUUCAAGAGCUCUACACAGCUUACUCUCGUGAACCACAAAGACCAAAGAAAUAUGUGCAAGACAUUUUACGUGAACAACUAUCUGAAAAGAUAUUCAAAUUGCUGCAAGACCAAGGAGGGCACAUAUAUGUCUGUGGCGAUGUUACGAUGGCAGGAGAUGUUCUGAAGACAAUUCAGCACAUUCUCACACAGCAUGGAAAGAUAUCGCUUGAAGAUGCUGGGAUCUUUAUCAGCAAGCUGCGGGAUGAAAACCGUUACCAUGAAGACAUAUUUGGUGUCACUCUUCGUACUUAUGAAGUUACCAACCGCCUUCGAUCAGAAUCCAUCGCAUUUAUUGAGGAAAGCAAGAGAGACUCAGAUGAGGUGUUCCAUGUUUGAUGGGAAGAGUCCCACGACAACAUGCUCCACGGCCUUUGAAAGAGGUUUUGUUCAAUUUUGAACACUUCAUUUCGCAUCAAAGUCCACACGAGGCUGCCACACGAGAGUGAUUUAAAAAAGCUUAAUUCUUUUCUUCUAUGAAACAUAGCUUGCAAUAUUUUUACACAAAGGAAGAUUGCUCUGUAAUUUGCUACAUGGGGUGAUUAUUGUUGGGUCAAAUUUUUGCUAAUAUGCUGCUUUUAGAUUAUUUGCAAUGCCUCCAGCAAGCAAACAGUCUGUGCUAUGACAAGAAAGUUGUUGCAUGUAAUAAAAACAACAGCCAGCAUACAUGGGGUUCAUUGUAAAACACCAUGAAGUUUAUUCAGUAAAUGUAUAUUUUAAAGGUCCACAGGAAAUACUUCCUUGUUUUUUUGAAACUCAAGUAGCAUAUACAGGGUAUAACCUGGUACGUCUCUCUCCUAAAAGGUAGCAAGAGGCUUAACAAAAAUACAGAUUUCCUGUUUGUGGAAGUGUGGUCCUGGAGUUUGCAUACUUCGAAGAUAUCAAAUGUUAUUAUUCUCUGAUUAUGCAACAAGAAAAAAAGAUCUGAUCUCUUUAAGCCUGUGGCAGUAUGGAAUCCCUAGGUGGUGCAGCAUAAUUGUGCAUCUCUCCAUGCAAUUAAUCAGUAGUUCACUCAAGACUUAGUCAUUUUGCAUAGCCAACAGUAUUUCUCUACUGCCUCCUCCCAUGUCUGUUUAUUUAACUUGCCUUUAAAUUAAGGUCCUCAGGCCUUAGCUGUUGGAGAGUACCAUAUUCUCACCAUUUUUUCAGUCAAGAGGUUUUUAAGAAUUCGCUGCUUGGUUUCUUGACAUCUGUCUCAUGCUGUUCUCCUCUAUAAGUGGCAACACCAUCCCCCCAUAAGAUGUUUUCUAGUGAAGUCCUAUUGGGAAGUUAACCAAAGUUCAAAAUAAAUUGAUUAUCAAAGUACGCAUAUGUUACUAUAUACUACCCUGUGAUUCAUUUUCUUUCAAGCAUUCAUAGUCGAACAAAGAAAAACAAUAGAAUCAAUGAAAAACUACCACAUAAAUAAUGAUUAACAAACACCCAAUGUGCAAAAGAAGACAGACUGUGCAAAUGCAAAAAAAAACCCCAAAUAAUAAAUAAAUAAAUAAUACUGAGAACGUGAGUAUAGAGUCCUUGGAAGAAAGUCUGUAGGUUGUGAAAUCAGUUCAGUGUUGUGGUGAGUGAAGUUAUCCACUCUGUUUCAGGAGCCUGAUGGCUGAAGGGUAGUAUUUGUUCCUGAACCUGGUGGUGUGGGGUUGAAGGCUUUUCUACCUCCUGCCUGAGAAGAGAGCAUGGCCUGGAUGAUGGGGGCCCUUGAUGUUGGAUCCUACUUUUUUGGGGUAGCGUUCCUCCAGGCCAAUUCCUGUGACGGUUCACCCUAAUAAUCGUUUAAUUUCUCUAUCAUAUUUUAUCAUGUAAUGAAGUCAUCAACGUGUGUGAGCUCUUAAUGACGUAAUCAGAAACAGGAUCAAAUGUUUAUAACUUAAGCUGUUUUACAGUGAGGUAUUUCCAACAUCAGGUACACCACUCUUUUAUUACUUCCUAUCAUUAUGCAGUACUUUUGUCCCCUUCUCACCCUGUACCUUUGAAGAAUUUCACUAGCAGUCAGAACGUAUGCUCUCUAUCACCUGGUUAAGCAGUAUCUGUGGAGAAAAAGGGUGCAUUGCCAACAUUCUGGGCUGAGACCCUGCUCCAGACCCGACGCAUUGAUGUACACCUUUUGCCUCCAUAGAACUUAACUUGCUUCUGAUUAUGGUUUGAUUGUCGAAUAGCGCAAGUCAAGUCUCCUGUCCUUUCAGCCCUCAUUAUUUUAAAUUUAUUCAAAGAGUGUUUCUGGUGGAUUUGCAAUUAGGUAAAAAUAGAUAGCACUUAUUAAAUUAACUUACUUGAAGAAGACAGUUAAUUUGAAGAAAAUUGAAAUGACUUUUAUGGAAAUUGUUGAUGACUAAGAAAGUUUUGAAUUGCUUUAUUUGAGUAAGCUGCGACUUUUAUAUUUAGGAUUGCACACAACACGGUGGUGUACUGGUUAGGACAACACUUUGCGGUACCAGCGACCUGGGUUCAAUUCCCACCGCUGUCCGUAAGGAGUUUGUUCCCCCAUGAAGAUGUGGGUUUCCUCCGAGUGCUCCGGUUUCCUCCCACAGUCCAAAGGCAUACCAGUUGGCCUGUUAAUUGGUCAUUGUGAAUUGUCCUGUGAUUAGGCUAGAGUAGCUGGGCAGCACGGCUCAGGGGGCCAGAAGGGGCUAUUCCGUGAUGAAUCUCAAUAAAUAUAAAAAAAAUAAAGUGCUCCUCAUGAAUAAAGGUGAUAUAUAUCUUCAAUCAGGGAAUUUCUGUGCAGAGUUUCUCAACGAAGUCAACAGCCCAUUUAUUAUUAGUCAAUCAACAAAAGUCUCCUAACAUCUAAUUAUAUUGCAUCUACUUCUCCCUAGGUCAUCUUUUGGCAUCAAAUAACUUACCUCCACUCUAGUUUUGUAGAUUCUGCAUUGGGUAACAAUGUCAAUGUGGGACCUGCAGACUUCUCCACAGAUCAGGCAGAUUGUGGCUGAUAUGGAGGGUAGGUGGGCAGUCUAUGAAGUGGUCUCAUUCUUCCAAGGGAUUUCUGUGUGCUCAUGAUGCAUUUCAUUGAGGUCCUGGAUAGUAUCCCAAAUGGACCUUCUCUACCUUGACUGAUCAGUGUCCCAGAGAUUCCGAGGGGUUAGUGAGGAUGGUGCAUUUCCUAAUGGAAGCUUUGAGCACAUCUUUGAAAUCUGUGUCCCUGGUAAUUUCUGCCCAUGACAGAGCUUGGAGCAGUUAAAAAAAAAAAUCUGCUGCACAGAAAAAAACCCAGCGUGUCAAGCAGUAUCUGAGGAGGCAAAGAGCUGUGUUGAUGUUUUGAGUCAAGACAUUGCAUCACAACUGAGAUUGUAGAAGGAAGAUAGUCAGUAUAUAGAGGUGAGAGACUGGUAUGUGAU